AAAAGAACCGCAGACUGUUCCUUCUUCUUUUCAGCCCUCCAAUUAUAAAAGAAUAUCAAUCCUUACAAUCUAGUACAAACCCCCCAUCGUCUCUAAUCCACUACUCAUCUCUCUCUCUCUCUCUCUCAACAUAUCAUUCCUUCUAAAAUACUUUCAUCCAGAGAGAGAGAAAUGGAAAUGGAAAACCAAUUAUGGGAGGGAUAUGUUGAUUGGAGAGGCAAAGCUGCUGUCAGAACCAAACAUGGCGGCAUGAGGGCUGCCUUCUUUGUUUUAGUUGUGGAGGUAUUGGAGAAUUUGGCGUACCUGGCGAAUGCAAGCAACUUGGUGUUGUACCUUUCGCAAUACAUGCAUUUUUCGCCGUCGCAGGCGGCCAACUCCGUCACCAAUUUUAUGGGCACGGCGUUUCUUUUAGCCCUUCUUGGUGGCUUCUUAUCCGACGCUUUCUUCACCACAUACCUCAUAUACAUAAUUAGUGCCAUGACUGAGUUCCUGGGUCUAAUAAUAUUGACAAUGCAAGCAAAGUCAAGUUCGCUACAACCCCCAAAAUGUGGGCGAAAAUUACAAGGAGAAACGGAAUGCUCGCAAGUUGAAGGUGCAAAGGCUGUGCUUCUCUUCUCAGGCCUAUAUUUGGUGGCGCUGGGCGUGGGAGGCAUCAAGGGUUCGCUGCCGGCGCACGGAGCCGAGCAGUUCGACGGCAGCACGCCACGUGGCAGGAAGCAAAGAUCGAGUUUCUUCAACUACUUCGUCUUCUCCCUGGCGGCUGGCUCCCUCAUCGCCGUCACACUAGUCGUGUGGAUUGAAGACAACAUUGGGUGGCAAUGGGGAUUCGGAAUCUCCACGCUCACCAUACUCUUGUCCGUGCCCAUAUUCCUAGCUGGUUCCACAUUUUAUAGGAACAAGAUCCCUCGAGGAAGCCCUCUCACCACCAUAUCUAAGGUCGUGAUCGGUUCCUUGGUAAAUUGGUGCACGCCUCGAAGUUCUAGCAACGCCGUGGCGAGCAGCCCGGCGGAAGAAGGAGGUGGAGAUGGAAGCACCAAAAAAGAAUCUCCAUCAGAAACCCUCAAAUUCCUCAACUACUCUGCGCAACAAGUGGAGGAAGUGAAGAUCGUCCUCAAAGUCCUCCCAAUCUUCGGCUGCACCAUAGUCCUCAACUGCUGCCUCGCGCAGCUCUCCACCUUCUCCGUCCAACAAGCCGCCACCAUGGACACCAACCUCGGCCCGCUCAAACUCCCGCCGGCGUCCCUCCCGGUCUUCCCCGUCGUCUUCAUCAUGAUCAUCGCCCCGCUCUACGACCACGCCAUCGUGCCCUUGGCGCGCAGGCUCACCAAAUCGGAGAUGGGGAUUUCCCACCUCCAACGCAUCGGCGCCGGACUAUUCAUCUCCGUCGUGGCCAUGGCCGCCGCGGCACUGGUGGAGACGAAGCGCAGGAGAGUGGCUGGCCACCACGUGGACUCGACGGCGCCGCUGCCGCUGACGUUUCUGUGGAUCGCGUUUCAGUACUUGCUCCUGGGAUCGGCCGAUCUGUUCACGUUAGCCGGGCUGCUGGAGUUCUUCUUCACGGAGGCGCCGUUUAGCAUGAGAUCGCUGGCGACUUCCUUGUCCUUCGCGUCGCUAGCCAUGGGGUAUUACCUCAGCACGGUUAUCGUGUCAGUGGUCAACGGCGUCACGGCCGGGCAGCCCUGGCUCGCCGGCGCCAACUUGAAUCACUAUCAGCUGCAUAAGUUUUACUGGCUAAUGUGCGCCUUGAGCGGAUUGAACUUGUUGCACUAUCUUUUCUGGGCUGCUAAGUACAAGUACAAAUCACCACAUACCACGGCCUGAUCAUAUGUGUCUAUGAGAUAUUGCUUAAUGCAGUUGGAUAUAAUUGACAAUUUCAUGUAGAUUAAUAUCAAUAUCAUGUCUCACUUUCUAAUCA